CGUAGCAACUAUGAUUUUCAAACAAGAGGAUUUGCCGUGGAUUUGUGGUCGAUGCUACUAAGCGAUGAUUUGUGUCUUCUGGAGGUAGCGUUCAAACUAACUCGCCAUCAUUUUUCAAGGCCUGUCAUUGGAGACACAACAUUCGAGUCCUGUUGUUCUUUUUCGGCUAUUUUGUUUUGUUUUUCAAACAUUUUCACGAUUUGUUGAAAAAGAGUUUCGACGCCAUGGAGACGAGAUAGAAAAUUCUAAUUCCAAGGGCUGAAAGCUAAUGGGAGGGUGUUCAUCAGCCCAAGUCGCGCCAGAAGGCGUUCCUCAGCAACCAAGAAAACAAAACAACUGGUGUUUAUGUUGUGCACAAAGAAAACAAGGAUCUUCAACAAAGAUAAUGAACAAGGGAGAUAUCGAGGCAACGAAGCCGACGCCUGAAGAAGCAAAGUCCUGGGAGAACGACUUCAUUGGGCUUCUACGUCACAAAUAUGGCCUUAAUGUCUUCCAAGAAUUCCUUCGYACUCAAUACGGAGAUGAGAAUUUAAAUUUCUGGAUGGCAGUAGAAGAAUAUAAGAAAAUAUCUGAUAAAAAUUCCCGAAAUGACAUGGCACGUAUGAUAUACGAAGAUUACGUUUCAACACUCUCGCCAACUGAGAUAAGUUUGGACGCUAAAAUCCGUGCAGCAGUGGAUAAAGAAAUGUCUGACCCAGACGAAAACACUUUCCAACUGGCACAACAACAUAUAUUUGAAUUAAUGCAUCGAGACUGCCUGCCAAGAUUUCUCAAAAGUAAAGCAUACAAACAACUUACAAAAAGAUAGAAAAUACCCUAAAAAAAUGGGGGUUUCUGUAUAGUUUGAUAUUUCAUACAAAUAAUUUUAUUACCAAAAUGCUUCCGGUAAGUGGGAGAAAACCUCUUUAUAAGAUGGGCAUUAUUAACUGAUAUUUACUGAACCUCAUUUGAACGUAUUGUUGUUGUUGUUUUUUUUAUGGCCUAUAUCAAAAUCAGCAAAAAUGCAAGAAAAUCUGGAUGUUGCCACUGCCAUGAACUCCCUGGGGUUCAUGCUAUUCAAUUGUUUAUCGGAAAAAAUGGCGCAUAACACUUGUCAAAAGUCGAUUGCAAAACCGAAAGGAGCCAUGGUUUAUCUAAUUGUUGGGGGUUGGCCCAAUGGAGGUGAACCCAGAAAGUGAAAUUUGUAUGCCAAACGAUGUAACCAUAGUCCCUUUCGGCCAUGCAACCUUCGACAAUCGUUGUUAGUCCCCGCAAACGUUUUUUUUUUCGUACACAUGACUGUAAAAUCAAAAUCAUUUGGACUGUUUUAAUGAGGAUCAGUACAAUAUAUCAGUUAAUCGAGAUAUUCAAGGAUGCUAUCGGAAGCUUCAGAAACCUAAGUUCGACCUUUYAUCAGCUGUAUUCAUUUGCAAAAGCAACCUCUUAGUACUACAUUCAUCUUUUUCUCAAUAGGAUUUAUAUUACUCGAUAUCCAAAACAUAUUUUACAGUAUUCACAGCUAAGAAAGCCUCAGAAUUCAGAUAAGUGUCUAAUAUGCAUCAAAACACUAACAUUUGUUUGAAAGCAACUAUCUUGACCGAAUSGAUUGGAGAACUUAGAUGCUGAAUUUCCGCAUUUUCUAUUUUUUCAAAAACCUUUUUUCUCGGUAUAGACUUGUUAUAACUUCAACAGCAACAUGCAGAUUUAUUAUAAUCAUAGUUAGUAUGGUACUAACUCAUAGUUAGUAUUGUACUAACUAUGCUACUAUCUAUAAACCCGACACGGGUAUGGUGCAAAAUCUACAAGACAUGAGAAUACAUGUAUAUAGAUUGAUGCCUAUAAAUCAAUUUAUUCCUGAGAUUUAACAUUUAAUACUGUCUUUCUUUUUCCACCAUCAAUAAUUGGCAAAAAUGAGCUUGCAUUUAAACGCAAAACAUCCAGUCGAAUGUCCCUGAAAAACUAUUCGCAUAAUUAUAAAAGCCAUUUAAUUUCACAAACAAAUUAAAGCUUGAUAUAUCUACAAAGGUAUUURCCGGAGUAACAAUAGUACGCUUCUUAUCGUGAAUUAUUUAAGAUUGAAUUGUACAUAGUAACUAAAGGUUUUCGAAAGUGAUAUCAUUUGUUUCACUUGCUAAAAUCGAUUCAAAACAUAUUUAUAAGGGGAUUUAAUUUUGGGGUGUAAAAAGUUGAAUUGAGAAAUUUCAUUUGAAAUUGUCCCKUWAAACAGGGAUGCACUGAUAAUCAUUUGAAUGCUUAUUAUAGACCCCUUGCAGUUGAUGGGAAUGCAUCUCCAACUGGAGGAUAAAACAAUGAAUGUUUGAUCCAAAGAGAGCAGAAAUCUUUUGUUUUGUCCUCCAGAUAAAGCUUCUUUGACCUCAUAUGCAAGGGUUCUAUAGUAGAUUUUGUGCAUAUCUUGAACUGGACUUAAUCCAGGGGGAUGCAGGUUCAGGUUAGYAGAAAGGGGGGGUGCAUACUAAAUACAUAUCAACGAUGGGUGUGCAUCUCUGUUCUAUCAACUGAAACYAUCCCUGGUAUAAUAAAGGGUCAUCGCCAAUCAUGAUUCUUAAUCUGAGCUGUGAAACUAAAACUUAUCGAUGAUUAGCUGAUCAGAGUUUUUGAAUCUUGUAAAAUGUUAUAAAAUGGCUUAGAACAUACUUGGAAAUGUGCUUUCUAAUAGUUAUUAUAUUUAUAAGUACACUAUAGUAAGAUAUCUAAGUAAUGGCUACUGGAUAUGUUUCACAAAAAMCGGAUGGAAAUGGAUUUUACAUGGAUAUCACAAAUCACCUGACUUGUCAAGUUUACGUUUUUUUGUGUGUGAAUUCUCAGUGAAAUCACUGACCGCAGUGCAUGAUGGUUGGCUAUGGUCCUUUUUAUAAGUGAACAAAUUUAGUUUGAUAGAUAGAAGCAACAUUGUAUCAUAGGCACUCUGUGAAUAGAGAGCACAAGCAUUACCCUUAAUCCAUUCACUUUGCACAUUGAAACCUGAUUUUUACUGGUGUUGGACAUUGCCAGUUAAGCAAACAAACAAUAUAAAGAAUAAUACAAAACAACAAACAASUCAAUAAACACAAAAGAACAAAUAAACAAAAGCAAACAACGACAAAAACAUAAAUAACCAUAAAGCAAACAUACAAUCCAAACUACAUUAGAAUAUUUUGCCACGUUUCACAACAAAACUUUGUAUACUUUUCAAAAAAGAUUACAGUUGAAAAUCAGGUUUCAUUUCUAGAUCUUUCUAGUAGAGCACAUUACAUUAAUGUCACAAAAUAUUUUGCUCAAUAUUUAAUGGAUUAGGUAACUAGAAUAUGGUCUUAAGGAAAAACUCUAGAAAAGAAAACUUAAGCAGAAAGAAAUGUUUUCAAGUCUGUGCAGUGAAUCUGUCAACAAUAGCUAUACUAUAAUAAAAAUAAUUAUAAAACA